AUGAUUGAUGAUGAACUAUUCAGUCAGUUUGUCUUUCCCAACGGAGACUAUUACGAAGGUCAGUACGCUAUAAGAGAUUCAGGAAUUGUACGGCACGGAAAAGGCAAAUUUGUUGGUGAUUUUAGAAAACGGAUGUUAGAUGUGACAAUAUCAAAUUCACUUAGCCAAUCGUAUAGAAAUUUGUCAGACAUCAAUCCUGAAUGUAAAAACAGAAACGGUUCUGAUGUUUCAAUGUUAUGUGAUUUAUUUGGAGAAACGUUUCUUCAUAAAGGAUACUACUCAGGAGAAUGGGUGAAUGACAAAAUUGAAGGAUUUGGGAAAGUGAAAUUUGCAUCUGGAUCUUAUUAUGAAGGCAGUUUUAAAGACAAUAAAAUGGAUGGUUUAGGUACAUAUUAUUGGCCAAGUGGUCAUAUAUUAAAAGCACAAUUUGAACAAAAUAAUAUUCAAGAAAAUUCCUUAAUUGAAUUAAUUGAUCCAGAUGGUAAACAAUGGACUGGACAAUUUAAACGAAAUUCUCAACAAAAAUUAACUUUCAAUGAAAAUGAUAAAUUGGAUAGUAACUAUUUGAAUGAAUUACCAUUUUCUGAAUCUUUAUUUACUGAUUUUGAAGUGAUCAACAAAGAAUUGGAAGAAACCAAUCAAUUAUUUGAUUACAUUAUUAAUGAAAAUGAAUCGCCUUGUACAAUACAAACUGAACAAAUAAAAACUAAAGAAAAUUUAAAAAUUACCAAGGGUAAAAAGUAUAUCCAAUUAUUAGAUAUGAUAUUGAAUAGUAAAUUAAAGGAAGAAAAAGAAGUUAAAGAAAAUACUCGAAUUUUACACAAAAAAAUUGAAAAUGAACUAAAUGAUUUGAUAAAUUCAAAUAAAAAAUUUAAAACAUCUAAACAAAUCAAUCAAAUAGAAAAUACGAAACAAAACUCAAAUCAAAUUGUACUAGUAGAUACUAUUGAAAAGUUCAAUACGUUUCCAGAUGAAAUUUGUCGAAAUAUUGAAAAGUUUUUACAAUUAAAUGAUAGAUCAUUAUCACAAAAUAAUAACACAGUGAGGAACAAAAACAACAAUGAUUCCCAUCAAAAUAACGUUAAAACAAAUGAUUUGGAUGAAGAGAUAACCUCUAAAUCCAUCUUUAAAACAGAGUACAUCAAAGAAUGUCAAACGAAUGAGGAAAAAGAAAGAGAAGACAGAAUAAACAAACUACUUGACCAAGAAAUCGAAGUUGAUUCAAGUGCAUCUUUGCAAGGCAAUCAGUGUAAUCAAUUCAGGAAUCAAAAUACAUCAUUUAAUGAAUCACUAUUUAAUUCAUUCAACGGUAAAUCAAGGCAAAAUAAGAAUUUCGUAAAACGCAACAUCGAGCUUGCAUCACAUUGGAAGGAUAUAAUUCCAAUGACAAUUGAAGAUAAAGAACGACUAGAAGAAAUUCUAGCUGAAGACGAAGAAGAAAUGCAAAUUGUCAAACAGAAUGAUAUACUUCAAAAUGAAAUGAAUAUUGCCAUACACAAAGAAUCUAGUGACUCAAUUCAUAAUGAUAGAUUACUGUCGAUAGACAAUAUGGGCAGUAUAUUACAGCUAUAUUUAAAUAGAACCAAGAGAAGUGGCUCAUGUUUAGAUGAGCCUGUAUCAAAUAAUGAUGAUGAUCAGAAUCCUACAAACGAUAAACGUAAUUCAGUUAAUCAGUUAAUGUAUAAAGAAAAUUGCCAACAGUCAGAUAAUCAAUUGCUAGGAAUGUUAUGUCGUCUAAAUGAAAUCGAUGAACAGCUUGAAAAGUUUCAAAUUCAAAGGAGAAUAGACAAUGGAAAUACAUCACAAAUAUUGUCUUCUUUAAGAUCAACUGAAGAAGAAAACAAGAUCCUGAACGAAUCUAUACGCCCAGGAGAAUAUGCACUCAGUAAAUACCAAGAAACUCGUGAAGUAAAAAAACGCCUCAAUGAAAUUGAAACUCGACUUGCUCAAAUCCAAAAAAUUAGUUUUGAAGAGUUAAAUGCAAUUUUAUUUUUGAUUCGUUAUACUAAAUUAUGGAAGAAUUCAUCUAAUAAUAUUGAACAAUUAAAUAUUGAUUUAAAUGAAUUAACACCAAAUGAUUAA